CUCCUCUCUUCCCAUUUCUCCACCCUCUUCCCUUGCUUUCUCCUCCCCUCUUCCCCUAAAUUCCUCCACCUUCAUCAAAUAAUUAAGUGUUGAAGAAGAAGAAGAAGAAGAAGAAGAAGAAAUUUAAGCUUAUAUGUAGCUCACUGUCUCGCUUGAGAUUCUAUUAAUGCAUGCACGCAUUCAUGCUUCUUCUUCCUCCAUUAAUGGUGAUAAAACCAUCUUGUCAUCUUCCCCAAUCAUGAGCUCUACUUGAAUGAAACACUGCCUCCACUUUGGCAUUUCCUCAGGUCAUUACCUUUUUAUUCUUGCUCCUUGCUUGCUGAUCCAGUGUCUAAGUCACAAUUCAUGGACAUGACUGAGGAGCAAGAGCAGCAGCUCCAACAGAAUGUUAUACUAAAUGAGUCGACAAUGAUGGAUCAAUUAUUCGAUAGCAUUCUGGAUGGUACCGAUCGCUUCCCUAACACCCUAAGAACUGAUGUGAUCAUGAUCACAUCCGACAUUGCGGAAGAUUCUCAGAAUCUUGGGAAGAGAAAGAUCAAUCAUAGACAUACGACGGAACAAAUCCAACGGCUCGAGGAGUUUUUUCAAGAAUUUCCUCAUCCGGAUGAUAAACAAAGGAAGGAGUUGGGGCAAGAACUCUGUCUAGACCCAAUGCAAGUGAAAUUUUGGUUCCAAAACAAGAGAACACAAAUAAGGAAUCAACUUGAGCGAGAGGAAAAUCAAAGGCUGAAAGAAGAGAAUGAGCUUCUUCUAUCCGACAACUUGAAGUUGAAGGAAGCACUCAACAGUGCUUGUUGUCCCAACUGUGGUGGCCUGCCCUCACUCGGUGAGAUCUCUAUCGACGAGCAACAACUACUAGCCGAAAACAGUCGUUUACGAGAUCAGAUCGAAAGAGUCACCGCAAUGGUAGCAAAGCGCACAGGCGCACAGCUGAUACCGUUCCAAUCAGCUGGAGUUGGAGCUCAACCAAGAUCGGAUUCGGGUUCGGGUUCGGGUUCGAGCAAAAAGAAUAGACCUGAGUUUGGGAAGUCGGCAGCUAUUGCUUUGGCUGAGCUUGCCAUGGAGGAGCUUCUGACACUGGCUAAGCUGGGCGAGCCGAUGUGGGUCGUCGGCCGCGACGGGCUCACUGAAGCCUUAAACCAGGCCGAGUAUGCCCGAGCUUUCAAAAAUGGGCUCGGACCUAAGAAUGUGAACUUGAGUACCGAGGCCACCCGGGCCACUGCCAUUGUGGCCGUGCCUGCAGAGACGCUGGUGGACAUGUUCAUGGACGUGGAUAAGUGGAUUGCGUUGUUCUCCAGCAUUGUCACAGGAGCAGCCAUUGUGGAGGUGUUUUCCGAUGGAGCAGCGGGAAGCUACGACGGCACUCUGCAAUUGAUAACGGCUGAGUUACAGGUCCCAACGCCUCUCGUUCCUGUUAGGGAGGGCUUGUUCUUGAGGCACUGCAAGCAGCAUGAGGGAGGAGUGUGGGCUGUGGUUGAUGUUUCCUUCGAAGUGCGCCAAAAUCCCAUGGCUAAGUUCCGGAGGAGGCCCUCCGGAUUCAUCAUUCAUCAAAUGCCUAAUGAUUGCUCAAAGGUCAUAUGGGUGGAGCAUGUUGAAGUGGAUGGCGGAGAGGUUCAUGACAUGUACAAGGGAGUCGUCAAAUCUGGUCUUGCAUUUGGAGCAAAAAGAUGGUUAGCGAGAAUGGAAAGGCAAUGCGAGAAAUUAGCCAGUCUCAGCAAUUCCACUGCUUACAUAGGGAACGCUGAGGGAACCAAGAACAUACUAAAGCUAUCGGAAAGGAUGGUGAUGAGCUUUUGCAGUGGUGUAAGUGGCUCUCUGAUUCACCAGUGGACUGAAGUAACUGGUGCUGCUACAAAUGAGGUGAUGAUCAGGAGCAGGAAGAACAAUGGAGACCCAGGGAGACCUGCCGGCACUGUACUUGGUGCUAGCACUUCAAUCUGGUUGCCAAUCACUCCCAAGAGAGUCUUCGAUUUCCUGAGCAAUUUGGCGACGCGCAACCAGUGGGACAUUUUGCUGCAUGGAGCCAUGGUUUAUGAAGCAGCUACCGUUUUAAACAGCCAAGAAGAAGGCAACUGUGUCUCCCUACUUGCAGUUGGACUUCCUGGCCAGGGAAACACGACGAUGAUACUACAAGAGAUCUGCAGUGACUCGACUUGCACAUACAUGAUUUAUGCUCCUGUCGAUACUGCCAUAAUCAAUGCAGUGCUUAGUGGUGGAGACCCCAACUUUGUCGCACUGCUGCCUUCAGGCUUCGUCAUAUUCCCUGAUGAAAAUUCUUCCAUGCAAAAUGAUGAGGCUAAACGCGAGGGGUGUCUUCUUACUGUGGCAUUUCAGAUCUUUAUCGACUCAGCUCCUGAUUCUAGAAUUCCUGCUGGAACUAUAGACAUAGUGAACAGCCUUUUGUCUUGCACCUGUAGCAGAAUAAGAGCCAUUAUCUCAUCCAAUAAUCUUCAGUAAUACGGGAGCGACUGGAGCUUCUGCAAAUGGGCCGGAAUUCAAGACUGCCUGUACUUUCCUACUCAUCUGUUCAAACCUUCAGAGUCUUCAAUAAUAAUAAUAAAAAGAACAAAACUGCACGACUCACCAAUUUUUCUGUCCCAACUUUGUGACUGUAAUCCAUGAACAAAAAAGUUACAUGCCCAUCGUGGUUAUGCAACUUGGUCUUGUUUGCCCAUUCUUGAACUUGAAAGUUUGUCUGUCUCUCUUAAGAAGGAUAUUU